AAAAGCAGAAGCAGUUUUGGCUUUUGACUGUGUGCACUCGUCACAGAUCUUCUCGUUCGUGGCAGUUGUUCGAUGGAUUCGUCGCUCCAUACAAAAAUCUCAUCUGUUGAAUUAGGAAUAUGCCUGCCGCCGCCUUCAUUUUCCCUUUUCAACUCGUUUACCUACUUAUUGCACCUUUUCCUUCACUCCAGCUUAUCUGUGUCCUCUCUGUUUGGUGACCCUACGUUUAUAUUCAUCGAUUCCGGUUUCUGAUUCUUACUUUCCCCAAUAAGAACGAUUGUUCAAGCGUUAAUUUUGCUCUCGGCAUGCGCUGCUGCAUAUCCAAGAUUGUUAAAUGGCAUUCCAGUUUGAGGAAUUUUAGCUCUGUGAACAGUACUGUCAUAUCUCACAUUUCGCAAAAUAGCAGUGAUGGACCAACUUCAACAAGUCAAAUUAAUGAUGAAACCGUUUCAAAGAUGUAUGGUACUUCAUGUGAAAAGUUUCCAGCAGAUGAACCUGUUUCCAACAUGCUUGUUGAUUCGUUCGGGAGGAAACAUACUUAUUUGAGAAUCUCAUUAACCGAACGAUGUAAUUUGCGAUGCCAAUACUGUAUGCCUGCUGAAGGUGCAGAGCUAACUGCCAGCCCUCAACUUCUUUCGCAGAAUGAGAUUGUUCGCCUAGCAAAUUUAUUUGUCAGUUCAGGUGUCAAUAAAAUUCGUCUGACUGGUGGGGAGCCCACGGUUAGGAAGGACAUUGAUGAUAUUUGCCUACAGCUUUCAAAGUUGAAAGGGCUCAAAACACUUGCUAUGACCACUAACGGAAUCACACUAGCGAAGAAACUUCCAAGAUUAAAGGAAUGUGGGCUUAGUCUGCUAAACAUAAGCUUAGACACGUUGGUUCCAGCAAAGUUUGAAUUUAUGACUCGGCGGAGAGGACAUGACAGAGUGUUGAACUCCAUCGAUGCUGCUAUAGAGUUGGGAUAUAGUCCUGUCAAAGUAAACUGUGUUGUAAUGCGCGGUUUCAAUUAUGAUGAAAUAUGUGAUUUUGUUGAAUUGACGCGUGAAAAGCCAAUAAACGUAAGGUUUAUUGAGUUCAUGCCUUUCGAUGGGAAUGUCUGGAAUUCUAAGAAACUAGUACCUUACUCUGAGAUGAUGGAUAUUUUGGUAAGGUCAGGCAAAGAACUCCAGAGAAUUCAGGAUCACCCCACCGAGACAGCCAAGAAUUUCAGGAUUGAUGGGCAUCAGGGUACAGUUUCUUUCAUCACAUCAAUGACUGAGCAUUUUUGUGCUGGUUGCAACAGACUGAGACUUUUAGCUGAUGGGAACUUUAAAGUUUGCCUCUUUGGUCCGUCAGAGGUUAGCUUGAGGGACCCCAUGCGCCAUGGUGCUGAUGAUAGUGAACUUGAGGAGAUUAUAGGAGCAGCGGUAAAAAGAAAGAAAGCAGCACAUGCUGGGAUGUUCGACCUUGCGAAGACUCCAAACAGACCAAUGAUACAUAUUGGCGGCUAGAAAUCAUCAUGACAUGUGCGUAAUUCUGUAUGUUACUUCCUUCAGUCUAACUUGCUCGCUGGAAACUGCGUGGAGAAAUUACAUCUCCCCUCGAAGUUCGACCACCCACUGAAGAACAAGAUGCGUAUACCGUAUACAAGAGAUCUCUGUAGAAAGACAUGGUUAAUUUUGAUAUAAAUUAGUACAUUAUAGUUACUGCAAAAGUUUCUAUAAAAAUUAUUUUCCUGUUUCAUGUAUUCUGGAUAGUAAUUUCCAAUUUUCUCUACAUUUCUUGUAA